UGUUUGGCUAAAGAAUGCCAAGACUUUCCUGACUUUCCUCCCAUUCCUGUGUUAGGCCUCUAUUUCCUCGAUUUGAAUAUUCACUUAAUUCGAUGUGUUUGUCUACUCUUUGUUGGUAUCGAUUGUCUGCUUCUUGAGAGGUGUGUCCAGAGAUGUGUGGAUAGGGUUGUGGUGUUUGUGGUGUUGUGUCCACUGAUAGUGGGACAGGACUUUUCUCGGACUGGAAGCGCUCCACUGAAGACAGUGACUGCAAUGGCCACUGAUGCUCAUGAUAUCAUAAAACAGGGAUAUAUUCGCGUCAAAAGCAAAUCCAUUAAUGUUUGGCACAAGAGAUGGCUUGUGUUGAGGAGGGCCUCCAGUAAAGGACCCAUUCGUCUGGACAAGUAUUUCGAUGAGAAAAGUGCCCGAACUGGUGGUCAUCACAAGACAUAUCUGCUCACAAGCGUGUCCUCCAUCUCAAGACUGGCCAAUACGUCGAGGAAGUAUGCCUUUAGUAUCCAAUUUCACGACCAAAACCACAAGUCUUUCGCUUGUGAUUCAGACUUGGAGGCCGACACGUGGGUUAAGCUGUCGAUCCAAGAGUGUCUUCUAUUACCCCCAGGGCUGGCCACCGGAGAGCCAGACGUGUUGAGGCCCGGCAUCCAAAAGGAACUUCAGGAACAAUUUCACGUCUAUUUGAUGCCCACCUCUAAGUUGGAUGUGUUUGGCGAGUGUUUACUGCAAGUGACUCACGAGAACAUCUACUUGUGGGACAUAACCAACUCUAAGCUCAAGCUCGUGGCCUGGCCUCUGACCGCACUCCGCAGAUAUGGUCUGUAUAUGACAUACCCUUCUAACAUCUACUUGUGGGACAUAACCAACUCUAAGCUCAAGCUCGUGGCCUGGCCUCUGACCGCACUCCGCAGAUAUGGGUCAGACCUAACGAAGUUCACGUUCGAGGCGGGCAGACACUGUGCCACCGGUGAGGGUAUGUUUGUGUUCCACACUCUGGAGGGCGAGAAGAUCUACCGGAAGGUACAUCAGGCGACGCUCGCCAUCGCUGAGGCUCACCAUAAGAUGAAGAAACUACCGACCAGUGCGUCCACAGAACUGCCGCCAAUGGAGACUCGGCUCAGAUUUACAGCAAAUUUAGUUUAAUUUAUUUCAUAUUCGUUUUCAUAUCAUCGAAACAUUCAUCUCAUUCUCCACAUGAAAACUCAUCUCUCAUUCAGUUAUUCAUUAAAAAUAUUGUUAAUUAUAUGUUAACUAUUGAACGGUUCAAAAGGCAACAAAACAGUGGAUAUUAUUCGCAUAAUUGGGAGAAAACUUUUUAAAAGCCAAAAGUUGUGUCAAUUUUUGGUCAACACAACGAAUCCAAUUGUAUUUCGUUACGACUUUGUAU